GAAGCCCUACUUUUUCUCCGUCGUUUACUUCCUCCGUCCGGCAAAUUUUUUUUUUUUUUUUGGAUUUUCCUGAAAAUUUAGAAAACUCACUCAUUGCCGCGGAGAUAGAGGCGAUCGGAGGAGGUGACGGUGCAUAAAUGGCCGCCUCAUCGCCAGCGCCGAGCAACAACAGUGCCGAAACAGCCACCGCGGCCGUUGCUACUGCUACUACUGCUGCUAACAUAAUGGUUGCUGCUGCUGCUGCAUCGCCGUUUCCCAAAACGCAGCGCGGACUCAACAAGCCCAAGUGCAUCCAGUGCGGCAACGUAGCUCGUUCCAGGUGCCCAUAUCGAUCAUGCAAGAGUUGUUGUUCAAAAGCUCAAAACCCAUGCCAUAUUCACGUUUUAAAAGGAAAUGCAGCUUUUCCAGAGAAGACACCAACUUCAGGCACCCCUUCAUCAGAUCAGAAGUCAAAUGAAGCCUCUUCUGCUGGAACUGGGAUAAGAGUUCCCUCACUUCGGCAACUUUCCAAUGCAUUUGCACAAUUCAACAAUCUGCAAAUGCCAUUCCGGUCAAAAAAACACCUCAGCAGAAAGGAUGCUUUGGCAAUAAAUGAGUGGAGGUUUUCCAAGUUGAAGGAAUUUAAGGACAGAAAUAUUGAAGUGGAAAAUGAGUCUUUUGAUCAGUAUAUGCAGAAUGUUAGUUUACUUGAGGAGGUAUUUUCUACAAAACCUAUCAUGGAAGGAACUGAUGAGGAUGGGUCCACUUUAUCAAAACCUAACCUUACUUCUCAGGAAGGUGAGACAGGGGUAAUGAUUUCAGGACUAAAGUCAAAGCUAAGAACUGAUCCCGUGAGAAAAGAAAACUUUAGAAAGAGGAUACAACAGAUUGUUGACCAGGGAUUGAAGGACCUUCAGCAAUGUAUUAAUGACACAAUCGAACAGAACGAACUUGAUGGUAGGCCAAAGAAGGCCAAAACUCUAUGGGAUGAUAGAGCUGCUGCCUUAGAGGACUUAAUUGACAAGCUGAACAAAGCCCGAAAUGAAGAUGAUCUAAAAUCCUGCUUGGAGAUUAAAGCACACCUUUAUGAUCACUGUACAGUGUCUAGACCAACCGAAACCAAAGAUCUUGACACAUCAAAGGAGCAGAUUGCCAAGAAUGAUUUAACACCUGGAAAAGUAGCGGAUUAUUCUUUGCCAAGAUUGUCUACUGCAAUUGAAAUCGAUCAAGAAACUCUUAACAAUGUGGAUUUACAUUUCUCUUCCCUGGGGCAGAUGGAACUUCUACAACUUUAAGCAUUCGUUGGAUAAAGUAGCCUUUAGUUAUGAUUCUUGUGAUGCGAUUAAAGAGUCAGUUUAGCCUUUUGUCUUCUGCUGGGAAUUGACUUGUGUAAUUUUCUACUUCUAUCCCCAUUGUUUGUGCAUAAGUUAGUAUUAACAAUGACAAUGCCUUGUAUUCUCAAAUUGAAUAUUGAAUAGAUUUUUUUUCCCUCU